GCCAGCAGCAGCGGGACCGGAGGGCGGCUCCCGUUUCCCCGUUUCCCCAGCAUGGCCCCCUUGGCGUGGGCUAUCUGCUGCUUCCUGGGGGGCCUCCUGAUCAGUGGGGGCAGCCCCAGUGUGCCCCGCCUGCGACUCUCCUACCGAGACCUCCUGUCUGCCAACCGCUCUGCCAUCUUUCUGGGCCCCCGAGGCUCUCUGGACCUCCAGUCCAUGUACCUGGAUGAGUACCGGGACCGCCUCUUUCUGGGGGGACGUGAUGCCCUUUACUCUCUGCGCCUAGACCAGGCAUGGCCAGAUCCUCGGGAGGUCCUGUGGCCGCCCCAGCCAGGCCAGAGGGAGGAAUGUGUUCGAAAGGGAAGAGAUCCUCUGAUGGAGUGUGCCAACUUUGUGCGGGUGCUGCAGCCCCACAACCGGACCCACCUGUUGGCAUGUGGCACCGGGGCCUUCCAGCCCACUUGUGCCCUCAUCACAGUUGGGCAUCGUGGGGAGCAUGUGCUCCACCUGGAGCCCAGCAGUGUGGAAAGUGGACGGGGGAGAUGCCCACAUGAGCCCAGCCGCCCCUUUGCCAGCACCUUUGUAGGUGGGGAGCUGUACACAGGCCUCACUGCUGACUUCCUGGGACGCGAGGCCAUGAUCUUCCGAAGUGGGGGUCCCCGGCCAGCACUGCGUUCUGACUCUGACCAGAACCUUCUGCACGAGCCCCGGUUUGUGAUGGCCACACGGAUCCCUGACAACUCUGACCAGGAUAAUGAUAAGGUGUACUUCUUCUUUUCGGAGACUCUCCCUUCACCCGAUGGUGGCCCAGGGCGUGUCACCGUCAGCCGUGUGGGCCGGGUCUGUGUGAAUGAUGCUGGUGGCCAGAGGGUGCUGGUGAACAAGUGGAGCACCUUCCUCAAAGCCAGGCUGGUCUGCUCUGUGCCCGGCCCUGGCGGUGCUGAGACCCACUUUGACCAGCUAGAGGACGUGUUCCUGCUGUGGCCCAAGGCAGGGAAAAGCCUGGAGGUGUACGCGCUCUUCAGCACCGUCAGCGCCGUGUUCCAGGGCUUUGCCGUCUGUGUGUAUCACAUGGCAGAUAUAUGGGAGGUCUUCAAUGGGCCUUUUGCCCACCGUGAUGGUCCUCAGCACCAAUGGGGGCCCUAUGGGGGAAAGGUGCCCUUCCCCCGCCCUGGUGUGUGCCCCAGCAAGAUGACUGCACAGCCAGGACGACCCUUUGGCAGCACCAAGGACUACCCAGAUGAGGUGCUGCAGUUUGCCCGUGCCCACCCACUCAUGUUCUGGCCUGUACGGCCUCGGCGUGGCCGCCCUGUCCUCAUCAAGACUAAUCUGGCCCAGCGGCUGAGCCAGAUCGUGGUGGACCGUGUGGAGGCAGAAGAUGGGACCUAUGAUGUCAUCUUCCUAGGGACGGACUCAGGCUCUGUGCUCAAACUCAUCGUCCUCCAGACAGGAGGUUCAGAGGAGCCCGAGGAAGUGGUUCUGGAGGAGCUCCAGGUGUUUAAGGUGCCAACACCCAUCACUGAAAUGGAGAUCUCUGUCAAAAGGCAAAUGCUGUAUGUGGGCUCUCAGCUGGGCGUGGCUCAGCUGCGACUGCACCAGUGUGAGACCUAUGGAAGUGCUUGUGCUGAGUGCUGCCUGGCCCGAGACCCAUACUGUGCCUGGGAUGGUACCUCCUGUACCCGCUACCGCCCCAGCCCUGGCAAGCGUCGGUUCCGCCGACAGGACAUCCGGCACGGGAACCCUGCCCUACAAUGCUUGGGUCACGGCCAGAAUGAGGAAGCUUCAGGACUGGUGACCACCAGGGUCUAUGGCACAGAGCACAAUAGCACCUUCCUGGAGUGCCUGCCCAAGUCUCCCCAGGCUGCUGUGCGCUGGUUCUUGCAGAGGCCAGAGGAUGAGGGACCUGACCAGGUAAAGACAGAUGAGCGGGUCCUGCAAAUGGAGCAGGGGCUGCUGUUCCGCAGGCUCAGUCGCCUCGAUGCCGGUACCUACACCUGCACAACGCUAGAGCAUGGCUUCUCCCAGACUGUGGUCCGUCUGACUCUGGAGGUGAUUGCCGCUACUCAGCUGGACAGUCUGUUCCCUCGGAAGCCAACACUGGAGGAGCCCCCUGCCAGGGGAGGCCUGGCCUCUACCCUACCCAAGGCUUGGUAUAAGGACAUUCUGCAGCUCACUGGCUUUGCUAACCUGCCCCGGGUGGAUGAGUACUGUGAGCGUGUGUGGUGUCCAGGCACUGGGGAGCGCUCAGGCUCCUUCCGGAGCCGGGGGAAGCAGGCCAAAGGCAAGAGCUGGGCAGGUCUGGAGUUGGGCAAGAAAGUGAAGAGCCGGAUGCAGGUUGAGCGCAACCGAACGCCACGGGAGGUGGAAGCCACGUAGACAUGGAAGGGGUGGUCAGGUUAGGCCAGGGAACCCAGCAGCAACCCCCAGAAUCUCCUACCUACCCAGCUAGGGCAAGGGGCGCCAGGAUGCCUGACUGCCUCUUAGAGAUGAGAAUCUCUGCUACCCAUAGGAAGGACUGGGGGCCUGAGGGAGGGGCCCCGUGCCUGAGGCCUGUUCCCUGCCCUUCUUUAUGCGCUCAUUCUCAGGCUGGAGCUGGCACCCUUUGGCCCCUGGCAGCCCCAAGGGGCCUGCCAUUUGUUCUCAGAGAUGGCCUGGCUUCCGGAAUACAUUUCCGGGUAUGCCCAGAGGCAAGAGGGUUGGGUGGUUCUUUCCCAGCCUUCAGAACAAUGGCUAUUCUGAGUGACCCUCAAAGUGGGUGGCUCUAGGAGAUAUCUGGGCAGAGGCCCUCAGGCAUCUAGAAGAGAAUAGAAGUGGCCUCUUCUUUGCUUGACCUAGCAUCUGUUAGGAAGAGCCUACCCUGACCAGGUUGGGGAGGGCAAGUGGAGGUGUUGAGGAGUUGGAGCAGCAGUACCUUACCCUCUUCAUGCCCUGAUGUCUUGGUAUUUCCCUGCCACUGCCCACGACCUCUCCUGUAUCUCAGAAUUAUAGAGGUGUGGAUUUCUGAGACCUAGGGGUGGUCAAGGUCUUAGGCCUCACUUUAUAAAUUGGGGAGAGGGUUCUCACAGCAUGACCUUCUUUCUUCAGGCCCGGAAGUGUUAUGCCAGGUUUCUGGCUGGAAUGGCCACAUCUCCUGAUGGGAUUCCCCUUCCUCGCCAUCAGGGUCCCAUGAUGAGGAUCAGGGAGAAGGAAAUGUUAGUCCUCAUCUCUGGAUUAGAGAUGAGAAAGAGGAGUUGGGGAUGGGAGGAGUGGGCUGUCUUUCCCAGGGCAAUACAGAAGGGUAGGAAUGUAGAGUCUUUGCAAGCUACAGCCUGAAGUCAGGAUUGGGGUCAGGGCUUUGGCCAGAGCCACAGAAAAUUGACAGGUUAUCAAGAUGGAGAGAGAAAGACCAUAGGAUGGGCUAUGGACCCAGGCCCAGGUGUCCUCAAGGACUCAAGAUGGCAUCAAUUAAUUCAGGAGCCAUAUUGGGAAGGUCAGAUGUUCCCUAAAAAUCUCUAUUUUCUGCUAAGUAAGGGUUAUUUUACAAGUCUUUUUUAAAAUUAUUUUUGGUGCUAGGGAUGAACACAGGGCUUUGUGAGUGAGCUAGGCAAGUGCUCUACCACUGAGCUACAUCCCCAGCCCUCUUUUUUUUCCUUUAAGAAGAGAGAAUAGCUGCUAAGAACUGUACGUCCUGCUGGUUCUUGGGGAUGAGGCUCAGAUGGCAAGGUUACAUUUUGCUUGGGCAUGUAGGGGAGUUGUUUUUGCCAUCAGCAGUUUCUUAGUCUGGGGAGCACAAAGGAGGAGGAGGAGGAUAACUAAAUGAAAAGUUGUUCCCAGCCUGCACAUGAACAAGUUAGUGACGCACAAAACUAACAAGAGACAAGGGCAUCAACUCUGAGAUUCCUUCCUUCCAAAAACCAAGAUGAAGAAACAAAGGAGGAAAAAGAAACAGCAAAUUAGGCUUCCUGCCCCACUGCAACUCAAUCCUGAAGGGCAUUGGGUUUUCUCUCCCUCACCCUCACACCACCAGAGUAUGGGAAUCUGAAACAGCCCCCACCCCUUCCCUUUGAUUAUAUGGCAAGUGUACUAGAAGCACUGAGGUUAAUCUAACAACACCUUGAGAAUCCUUUCUGCCUGGGGUGCUGUCUUGCUAUAUGAGCAGGUAAAAACAGAGGAGGGGAUGGUGGAAGAAAGAAGGAAGAGGAGACAGAGAUGAAAGAGGUGGAGGAGAGAGUGCAGAUCUCGGGGAGGUGGGGGGAGGGGGGUCAGAGCUGCAGCCGGCUCUGCCCUCUAUCCCUGGGAAGCCAGAAAGAGACAAACAGGCUCUCAGUGGCUGGGCUUAGGCUUGGUAAGCUCCAAGCCAGGUCCUCUGGGGAAGUGACUCUGGAAAACGGAGGGAGCAUUGUAUAUCUGUAUUUGGGAAAAUAUGGACAGCUUCUACCAAUUGCCCCCCUUCCAUGGUACUGUGUUGUUAAUACCUGGAAAUGCCCUCUAUGUAUGAAAUCUAUUUUUGUGUUCCUAUGUUGAGAUGGGCCUUGUGGUUUCUCUGUCUUUGGAGCAUACUUCUUGUAUUGUUAUUUUUAUUGUUGUGGCAGCCCUGAGUUCUAGUGAGGAAAGCAAGAGCCUCCCAGGAAAGGGAUGAAGUUAAUAUUUAUAUCACAUAAUUAUAUUGUUAUUAUAUCUGUAUAUUUCUGUACUAAAUUGAUUGAUGCAUCUGCCACUCUACCUCUUCCUCUAGGGAAAAGGUCCCCAUAACCUUGGGUGGUAUUUUCUGGCAGAGAGGGAGAUGGGUAGUAGGGGAAGGAAGGAGCCAGAGGACUUUGUCUAUAAAGCUGGGAUUGCUCAUUAAAUUAGGAAAAGUCCUGACCUGA